AUGGCGUUCAAAAUUGCUGCUUUGCUUUUAGUUAUGGUCGCUGUCGGUAACGGUCUGCCGCACGGAGGCGGUUACGGACAAGGAGGACAGGGAGGACAGGGUGGCUUUGGUCACGGAGGUAGCCAAGGCGGCUUUAGUUCAGGCGGCCAAGGCGGAUUUGGACCAGGUGGCCAAGGCGGGUUUGGACAAGGUGGCCAAGACGGAUUUGGAUCAGGACAUCAAGGUGGUUUUGGACCUGGUAACCAGGGAGGAUUUGGACCCGGUGGCCAUGGCGGACAAGGAGGCUUCGGUGGUCAAAAUGGUUUUGGAUCUGAAGGCAGUCAAGGUGGUCACGGCAGUCACGGCGGUCACCACGGCGGCUAUCAAGAGUACGGAUAUUAG